AUGAAAAAUAAUGGUACAAGGUCAUUGAAAUAUCAUAUUGGUUCAUGUAAGAAAAAUCCUAGUAAUGUUGUUGACACUAGUCAAGGACAACUAGUUUUACCUAGAAAGGGAGUUGAAAGGGGGGAAGGGAAUCUUUCAACUUGGAGAUUUGAUCAAGAAGCAUGUAGGAAAGGAGUAGCACAAAUGAUUGUGAUUGAUGAAUUACCUUUGAAGUUUGUUGAAAGUGAAGGUUUUAAGAAAUUUAUGUUUGUGACAUGUCCUAGGUUUCAUAUUCCUUCACGAACUACUAUGACUAGGGAUGUUUAUCAAUUGUAUUUAGAUGAAAGGUUCAAGAUAAAACAACUUUUGAGAAGUUCUUGUUCUAGAGGGAUUGAUAAGUUGUUUACUGUUACUGUUUACAAUGCAAGUUCAAAUGAUGUUGCUAUUGGUUAUUUGAGAAAGAAAUUUAACCUUCGAGGGGGUUUAGUUCAAAAUGGUAAAUAUCUUCAUAGGAGAUGCAUAGCACACAUUGUGAAUUUGUUGAACGUGUUAGGGGCUAUUAGAUAUGUGAGACAAUCUCCAGCUAGAUUACAAAAGUUUAAGGGGUGUGUUGUGGUGGAAAAGAUAGAGUGUAAGAAGAUGUUUUGUCUUGAUGUUUGUACUAGGUGGAACUCGACCUACUUAAUGUUAGACACUGCUCAGAACUUUGAGAGAACUUUUGAGAGAUUUGAGGAGAAAGAUACAAACUUUAGGGCUAAACUUGAAAGGGGAGAGGGUUGGCCUAGUGUGGAUGAUUGGGAUAAUGUUAGAAACUUGAGGGAUUUCUUGGAACACGUUUAUGAAGUCACUUUGCGUAUAUCUGACACUUCAUAUGUCAUGUCCAAUAAUUUUUUUGAUGAGCUUUCUGAAAUUGAUAUUCUUUUACGAGAUGCUCAGUUAAAUAGUAAUGUUGAUUUCAAUGUUAUGGCCAUCAAGAUGAAAGAGAAGUAUGAUAAGUCUUGGGGUGAUAUUGAUAAGAUAAAUUUGCUUAUGUUUGUUGUUUGUGUUUUAGAUCCUAGAUAA